AUGUCCUCGGAAUCGGAUCCUCCGCCCAUGAGCCAUUCUGCUGUUUAUUAUGACCGUCGAGAAUAUCCUAGCUCAGCACAUAUGCACUUCAGCUAUUCGCCUGUGUCCUCACUACCGCACCCACCGCUUGCCUACGUCAAUCCCAGUUCGAGAAGUCCUGUUGUGCCUCAUCGGACAGAUCCGAAUCGAGUCCAGAGUUCGGUAUCUAGUGGAGACUCGGGGUCUACGACCGGAUCAGACUACCAGAAAUACCUUCAUCUACAGAACAAACAAUACCAGUACAGCUCCCAGGUGGAGAGUGGCACGAUGGAAGAGCCGGGUGUGAGAGAGUCAUAUCACGGGUCACCGUCCGCGAAUGGUAUUCACAGAAGCAACCAUGGCCGGUCAGAAAUGAUAGAAAACAACUCGACCGUUUUCCGGUAUAUUCAACAAGAAGCAGUGGAGGAGGAAGAAGAAGAAAAGGAAAAUGAUCAUGCUUUAUGGAUAUUGGUGUGGAUGUCCUUUCUCGACCCUUUCCACUGUUUAUUCAGCGCUAUGUUCUCCGUUGUCGCUGUCUUCAUCAUUAUUGUCCUCCUACCACUUCGAUUAUGUCAGAAACAAUGCUCGCCAAGCAUCUCUCUGGUGCGCAUGAUUGCCCCAGUUUUCCGGAACCAUCUAGAGAUGAUAUUCGCCAAAUCACUGGACCAAGCGCACACAUUCGAGUUCAGUCCUUUCUGCCUCGUCCUUAUCCACGUGGUGUCACCGAUCAUCAGUAUCGGCAAUGCCAUUGCUGCGUGGAUCGUGGCCGUGUUCUGGAUUUUUGCAAUCAUUAUGGGUAAUCCGGAUGGGACGGAAAAAAGAGACGAUGGCCGAGCGACUGUACUCAUGCUGCGGGAUUGGUGGGAAAAAUGUCUGCUUUACGCUAUAAGAGAGUAA